AUGAGAGGUGAAGAAGAUGCUGAAGAUGAUUGUAAUCGACCAGACAUAGAAGAGGUAGUCUCUCAUAUACCUGCGAUGAAGCAGCACUGCCUCGACAUCAGCCCUCAUGGAGGAUGGCAUUUUGAUCCUAAGAACGCCGUAUCUCAUCUAUACGACAGCCGAGUUGAUAUCGUAGAUGUCUUCAGCUCCGUUGAUCGUGUUGUGGCUGUUGAGCCUUCGAGAGUAUUUGAUAUCUUCAAGCUUAACCAGGAACGUAUUCACAAUGCCAAGACCUCGUAUAGCGGCUUGCAGGGGACCAUGAAGAAUGGCGGCUAUGGGGCUGAGACUGGCGAUACACUCUCAAAAGCCCAGCAUCUCAGCCAUAAACAGGCCUCGUACCGCUUAUGGUAUACAAGGAAGAAACACAAAUCUUCCGCGAUGAACGACAAAUUCUCCUCUGAAGUGCUUUUAGCAUACGGGUAUAAGUAUAUCUUCAUUUUCCAGUCCUUAUCCUACCAUCAUCAUCACAUCCAAAGUCCAAAAGGCAUUAGCCAGACAGCAACCUACGCUUUAACCCCAUCAAGCUCCUCAAACAAACACUUUUCGCAUCUACAAAUACCUUACCAACCCGCCAACAACCAACAAAUAAACAAACAAACCACUUCACACCUCGCAAGAAUGGCAGCCAUUGUCCUUGCUCUCGGCGCCGCCAUCUACAUCACUGCCGAGAAGAUCCAGGACCACCGAGAAAAGAAGCGCGCCUUGAAGGCCAAGAAUGCCACGAAACAAGCCGUCCUUGAAGAUGACGACAGUGUCAUGGCCGCCGAUGACCUCCCUGCGUACAAGACGGAGAAACCUCCAGCAUAUGAUUUUGAGCAGUACCAGCAGCAGCAGCAUCCGACACUUGCGUCCAGCAAACUCAUGGAAAGUUCAAGCCAGCGGUAUUACAUCCAGGCGCGGUCCACCUGA